AUGUGUGCAAAGCAUUGUGUUGCAGUGGGGCAUUUAAAUUUGCUGUGUUGAUACGAUAUACGGCCGGCUCAACGUGAAGAAAGAGAAUUUCUUGCACUUGGAAGAUCUGACUUUUCUGUGAGAUCUAGGAACAAAAUUCUCGUUGUUUUCUUUUUGAAGAUCUGAGUCGAUUUUACUUUUUUUGAUAUCAUCAUUUUCCACUGAAUUGAAGUGCCGAAGUGAAGUUAAGUGAAGUCAAGUCAGAGUCAGACUUCUCAAUCAUGCCAGGAAUAGAUGACUGGGUGAAUUCACCUCUUGACAUUGUACAGAGUUUAUUUGAUGCUGAAAAUAAAGAAUGGAGUAACAAUGUCGACGGGUACUUCAAAAAUCGUCUGAGUGAUUUCACAGCAUGGCAGAGGAUUCCAUCUCUUAACCACACACCGCUCCACACAUUAAAGCCCAACUCACUGGUCCGGUACCGAUGUAUGGUGCAGGAUAUGUUUGAUCCAGAGUACUACCUUGGGGUCUACGAGGUCCAAGAUAAAGCCAGCAAUACCACAUUCCUAAGAACUGGGAAGUAUCAGGAUAUAGCAGAGAAUAGUCGCGAUCUAGAAGUCAACCUUGAAUCAAGAAGGAAUGUCACUUGUGAUCGUCAGACAUUAUAUUGUGUUCCAGUACCAGGAGAAAACAACUGGAUCAAACAAGGCUAUGAGGAAACGAGCCAAAAGAUGACGGGUCCCCAACUUGACCCCAGUUCUAGUUCUACAUCCAGGGUCAAGAGAGCUCUUGAUAUUGACGAGACCACGCCCUCAACAUCCCAAGAUUCCUCAGUGACCCCUCAGCAGAAUGGUGAUGCGGUAGCCAUGGAGAACGGCGGGGAUGAAGGAGAUGCGGAGAAGAGGAGCAGAACGUCGGAUGGUGGAGCGGCAGGAGCAGGCACUAAUACCACCGUGAAUCUUAACUUCCCCAUUCCAGGGGAAACAGGGACUGCUUGUCUUGUUAAAGUUUACGAUCAGAUGGAUGUGUUCAAAGUAACAGAUAUGGUAGAGUUUGUAGGUGUUCUCUCAGUAGAUCCGUCAUUGGCACAUUUUGCUGACUCAGAAGAAGGGCAAAGUUUAGGAGAUGCAGUCGAGUCAAUGGAAUGUAUAGAGGAGCAGAACGCCCAUUCUCCGCCCCCAUCACUGGUUCCCAGGUUACACGUGAUCGCAUCUCGGAAGCUCUCUCAUAUCAACCCUCACUUACCGCAUGAUAUCAACUCCAUCAUGGGAAAAUCAUUGGUAGAGAAUGUACUGAAGGAGGCGGGUGUCAUCAGAGACCAGCUGAGAUGGCUCCUCAGUCAAGUUCUUUUAUGCGAUGCCCUAACAGCAGAUUAUCUCAUCCUCCAUCUUUUAUCAUCAGUAUAUGCAAGGAGAGAGGUUUGUGCUAUAGGGAAGCUGAGUUUAAAUCUCUCUGGUAUCCCCCAAGAUCCAGAGUUUGUGACGACCCUCUACUCAUUAAUAGAACAGCUUGUCUCAAAAUCCCACCUCAUGCCUCUGACGUUGGCUAACAUGAACAAAAUGAAGUUAAUACCCAAAAAAGACUACACGGCAAACAGGUUAACCAGUGGCUUACUUCAGCUCACUGAACGAACGCACCUUGUUUUGGAUGAAACUGCUAUGCAGCCCGGCAAGUUGGAUUCUCAUGGAUUGAUGAAUCUGGCUGCCCUCGGAAACGUCAUCUCGUGGCAGAAGGUUGAUUAUGACUUCCACUAUCAAAAGACAGAGUUCCCCACCAACAUCGGGGUCCUGGUCCUAUCGGAUGGAAAGUCCAUUCUCCCUACCGAUUGCCGAGUCCAUCUGCAGCCUAAGAGGGACGAGGUCAACAUGGCCGACGUCCAAGCCUCGGUCCAGCAGGCUCUUAGGUCUGGGACCAUCGACCUGGAUAAGAUCAGGACCUUCCUUGAAGUCUUACCGCUCCUGGAAUACACCAUGUCUGAAGAUGUUCAAAAGUUUGUUGAACAAGACUUUGUGGAGGCAAGGAAGAGUGACCCAAACAAAAUGACCCCAGAGGACUUCCAGCAUCUUCUUGUGAUCACAAGAUUACUGAGUCUGUCGUUGGGUCAGCCAUCUUUGACAAUGCAGAUCUGGGAGAGGGCGAAGAGGAUGGAAGCCGAGCGCAAGAACCGUCUCCAGAAUGCCACCCGUCCUGCUGCUUCACCUGCCAAUGCUGCACAGUAAAAACUGGAUUACAAAGACUGGUAUUCCAUUGUAAGAACAUUUUCCAUCUACUUCUGCUGCACAGAUGAAUCAAGAUUACAAAGACUGGUAUCCCAUUGUAAGAACAUUUUCCAGCUACUUCUGCAGCACAGUUGACCCAAGGUUACAAAGACUGGUAUCCCUUUUCAAGAACAUUUCCAGUUACUUCUGCAGCACAGUUGACCCGAGAUUACAUAGACCGGUAUCCCUUUGCAAGAACAUUUCCAUCUACUUCUGCUGCACAGUUAAUCUUUUUGAUGAUGCUCCAUGGACAUACUAGUUCUUUUCACAAAUAAAAAUUACAAAAAGUGGGUUAUUAAGAAUUCCAUAUCUACGAGCCGUCCGGGGAGCCAGUUGAAUCUCGUCAAUGGGUAAAUACUCGUUAUUAUUAUUAUUUAUUUGGAAAUGAAGAUUAUGCAAAGAAUACUUGAGAUGGUCUGAGACACAAACUUGCACCUAUUGACCAAUCAAAAUGAUGUGCUCUCUCUUCAUUAUCUAUUGGUAGUAACUUAAAGUUUUCAUCUGGAAGGUGGCUCCCGAUUGGUCAUUUUCAUGCAACUUUUUAAGCAAAGUUCUUGACAGUGACACAUGAAGCAUUAUGACAAAUAUUUUCUUGUAGAAGUUUGAUCUUAGAUGCAAGGUUUCCAGAAGCUUAUCAUAAAUGCAAAUGGAGAUCAUUGACAAGGCACUGCAUGAAAUGCUCUGUGCAAAGUCUUUUGGUAUUUAGAGGUUGCUAUAUUCUGGGCUUAUAUGCCAUAUUCCUUUUUUCAAUCACGUAUCAUCUGCUGUGUUCAUUAUAGAUUGCUUUGAAUUUAUUUAUCACAUUUACCUGCCAUUUUGACUCUUGUAUAGCAAUAAUAUCUGUAAAACAGCCUUAAAAACUGACAUAAUAUCUGUCUCCGUUUAAGGGUUCGUGCCUCUACACAUUUCAUGAAAUCUCUGAAUUGUUCCCCAGAACUGAAGAUUUUGAAAUUGCCCUGAAAACAAUGAUAAUGUUCCAGUUCUUGCUUGAAUAUAGUAGUUUGAACUUGAUUUGUAUUAUCAAAGUUUUGAAAUAAGGGAUAUUCGUGAAACCUUGUUUUAAGUAAAUAAGUCUAGGCUUAGCAAUUAAAGGUUUUACAACAUUCUGCUUUCAAGAAGAAGCAUUAUUAUUACUAUAUCAAGUAGAAUACUCACUGUUGAUGAGGCCAAUAUUCUUUGGUUGGUCACUGUUUGCUUCAUAAUGCCUAAAAGAAGAGGCCUACAUAAAUAAAUAUGAGGAUGUGAUGAUAUUUUUUUGAAAUCAAAAUAAUUCAAAUUUUGUACCAUUGUAAUCAAACCUAUUCAAGAUGAGCUAAUAGGGGAAAACACAAUUUUACAAAUAUGGAAUUGUUUUUAUUAAGCAUAUUGCAUGAUGGUUCUGGGGAGUCUUUCAUCCAGAUUUUCAUUUGACAAGAUGUCAUAUCUGACAACUUUCCUUGAAUUUGAUUGGCUGAGAAGCACUGUUACUAUGGUAACUGCCGGAUAAAAUGGGACUUGACGGAUUAAACAUCUGACAAGUCCUUUCGUGAAACACUCCCCUCAUGUCAGGAUAGGGUUUCCUAGACCCUGUUACAUAAAGCUUAGCGAUUAAUUGUGGGUCUGUUCUCUGUGAUUGAUUGCAUGGAUUAUUGUAUGUGAUCAAUCGUAGAAAUCAAUCCUGCAAUAAAUUGCAAAGCUUUAUUUUACAGGGCUCUGUUCAACAUGUGGUUCUUCCUAAUAAGAAUUGGAAUUAGAAUGGAUGGUGAGGAACAGUUGAGAUGAAAUUCAAAAGAGAGAUAAACUGUGUGUGUAGGCAUGUAGGCAUACAGUAUGUAGAUUUGAUAUCAAGGCAAGUCAAUAGGUCUAUUAUAAACGUCUUCUGAGUUUGCCUAUCUUGUACCAUGCCUCUAUUUUUAAUUUUUAAUGGUUUGAAAUUAUGCCUAUUCCUUCACCUGAACUCCUCUAUACCAGUAUUUCUUUUUCUUUUUACUUAUCUUUAAUGAUGUUAUAUACAAUUUGGUAAAAAGAAAGAAGAUAUUUCCAGAAUCCAGGAUGCCACUCGUGCCUUGAUUUUUUUUUCCUUUUCUACAGAGCAAAACAAUGACUACAUGUACACAUCCUGCCCCUUUUCUCUUUACGUGCCUCCAAGAUGGCACAAUAUAAAAGCAUAUUAUUAGCAUUAUGAUUAUAUAUAGUAUUUGUUUUAUUUUGUAAUAUCCAUGAUAUUUCUGAGAUGAAACUGGGAUGGCAUUUAAAUCCCUGUAUAUUUUGUACAGUGUGUUGUAUGUGAAGUAGUGUUGUCAAAAUAAGUGAUUGAUUAGUGUAUAUUUGAAUAUUCAUCAAAAUGAAAUGUAUAGUUUGUACAUAGACUUCCAUAAA